AUGCGUUCUUUUUCUGGCUGUGAGACUUGCAGAAGCAGAAAGCUCAAGUGCGAUGAAGUGAAGCCGAUAUGUGGAGCCUGUACGAAGAGUUCGAGGGAGUGCAGUUAUUCGAAAAGAUCUGUUUUCCGACCGUUCCAGAGCUACACCGGACCAUCGCGGAAGGAUGUAUUUGACCAGGACCACGUUUGGGUCGAAGUCCCAGAUGAACUUCACUUCGUUCAUAUAGAGGAUCCAUAUGCUGAAGAGACAGUACUUGAUACCACUAUCGAAACGGAAGACACAUCUCGGUCAUCAUGUCCACCGGCCGAGUUCUGGCAAGAGCAAGACUCUAUCACUCUAGCUGAGGAACUUCAGUUUGACUCCAGCAUACCUCCGACGCCUGCUCAUGACGACUAUGGUAUCACUUCAAGGCUGGCAACACUUCAUCUAAUAAAGCAUUACAAAGAAGGACCAGGAACAUGGACGGCUAUACAAGGUCCUAUUCUCUGGAGUCUAGCAAGGCAAGAUUUACUUUGUGCCUUCAUCAGCGAAACACAAACAAGACUGGAUCUGAAGGAUGUCCGUCUCUGGCAAAACGCCGGGCUGGCAACCACGGAAGACGGGAGUCUAAUGCCCUUCAGUCCAAUCGACAUUCGAACAUCAGCCGAUAUUGAAGAGGAUACCAAGAGUAACGAGUUGACGUGGCUGAUUGGUAAACUAUUGAAUCAUCUGACUUCAGGAGAUGCUAUAAAUCCGACGGACUAUGCGCUACCACAUGGUCAACGCCCGACUGUUGGUGUGACUCAAGAGCGGUUGUUAGAGCGCUGGAAGAUGCUUCUGUCGGAAUUCAAGAAGUGGUAUGAGAGUCUUCCUUCGACAUUUACACCCCAUGCAAAGACUCCUUACCCGACCAGUCCACAAUCUUAUUUCACGGCCUUUGAGCAAAUUUGGUACGAACUCCCCAUCUGCGCCGCAACAAUGCAAAACUACUACAUGGCCAUGAUUCUCCUCCUCGUCAACCAACCCCAAGAAUCCACCUUUAUCCGCUCUACUGUCUCGGCACGAUUAAGCUCCUAUCGAAAGAUCCAAGAGGAUGUACAUCACUAUGCAAAAGAGAUUUGUGGUAUCAGUCUUGCUGAUCCUAGUGAUCCCGUAAGAGCGAAUUCUGUACAAGCUUUGUUUGUCGCGGGCCAGGUGUUUUAUGAAAAGGGUGAGCGGGAAGCUGUUUUGAAGUUGUUGGCGGAUGUGGAGAGGGAUUUGGGGUGGACUACGAGGUUUCAUAGGGCGAAACUUGUUGAUGAGUGGCCGGGGAUAAUUGAAGAUGAGAAUUAUGAAUGA